AUGGCCAGACUUGCUUCCGCACGUUACGGCAAGGACAAUGUCCGUGUCUACAAGGUCCACCGUGACGAGAAGACCGGAGUACAGUCCGUGACGGAGAUGACUGUGUGCUGUCUCCUGGAGGGCAAGAUCGAGACCUCUUACACCGAGGCCGACAACAGCGUCGUUGUCGCCACCGACUCCAUCAAGAACACCAUCUAUAUCAAGGCCAAGGAGCACCCGGUCAACCCCCCGGAGCUGUUCGCCAGCACCCUGGGCCAGCACUUCCUCGACACCUACCCGCACAUCAGCAUCGCGCACAUCAAGAUCAUCGUGCACCGCUGGACCCGCAUGGUGGUUGACGGCAAGGAGCACCCGCACAGCUUCUUCCGCGACGGUCAGGAGACGCGCAAUGUCGACGUCGACGUCACCCGGGAUGGCGUGGCGAUUAAGAGCGGCAUCGUAGGCCUGACGGUGCUGAAGAGCACCGGCUCCGCCUUCUACGGCUUCGUGCGCGACGAGUUCACCACCCUCGGCGAGACCUGGGACCGUAUUCUCAGCACUGACGUCGACUGCGGCUGGACCUGGAAGAAGUUCCCCUCGCUAGCCGCUAUCAAGGAGGUGACCCCCAAAUUCGACGCCGCCUGGGAGGCUGCGCGCGGCAUCACCAUGAAGACGUUCGCUACCGACGAGAGCGCUAGCGUCCAGAACACCAUGUACAAGAUGUGCGAGCAGAUCUUGGACGCCGUGCCUCAGGUCGAGCUGGCCAACUACUCUCUGCCGAACAAGCACUACUUUGAGAUUGAUCUGAGCUGGCACAAGGGCAUCAAGAACACCGGCAAGGACGCCGAAGUCUAUGCUCCCCAGUCCGGGCCCAACGGCCUUAUCAAGUGCGAGGUCGCCCGCACCCUGGGGUCGAAGCUAUGA